AUGGCAUCCUCGGAAAAGCGCCCUGACUUAAUAGCGCUCGCCCGCGAUCUGCCCGGCGUCCCAAUGAGUGACGAUUACGAGAAGAUGAUAUCGGGCAUGCUUUACAAUCCACUCCUCCCCAGCCUGGAGGAAGCCCGACACCGCUGCCGCAUCUUAACCAAUGACUACAACAAUCUGGACCCACGUACCGUGCCCUCUGAGAAAAUUAGGGACGUCCGUUUUGAACUUCUGCAGAAGCUGGUUGGACGAGUUGGCGAGGGGUCGUUUGUCGAGCCGCCGUUUCGGCCAGAUUACGGAUGUAAUGUCGUCAUUGGGCGGGAUUGCUUUAUCAACUGGAAUCUAAGUAUCCUUGACACAUCUCUGGUGAUUCUGGGAGAUCGCAUUCAAAUGGGCCCGAAUGUGGGCAUCUACACCGCUGGACAUGAAACAAGUGUAUUGUCCCGGCGGAAGUAUAUCGAGUUUGGUCAUCCAGUCAGAAUUGGUGAUGAUUGCUGGAUUGGUGGUAAUGUAGUGAUCCUCCCCGGAGUAACUAUCGGCGAGGGAUGUACCAUUGGAGCAGGCUCCGUUGUUACAAAGGAUAUCCCUCCCUUCUCGGUGGCCGUGGGAAGUCCAUGCAAGGUGAUCAAAACUAUACAGUCUGCUGAGGAAGAGGAGAAUGAUCCCGAGAAUCCCUACCGAAAAAUGGAAAGAGAGCUGUAA